AUGAGAUGUCAUGCGAGCAGGUGUCUACAUACCCAUGUAGUGUAUCUCUGGGUAAACUAGUGCGUCUAGCAAUCUCGCAUGUUCAUUGGUUUUAGCUACCAAAUCUAGUCAGAAUCUCAUUGGACAAUGGAUUUCGCGGCAUUUCUGUAGGGCGCAUGCGUUCUAUACUGUCAACUUUCCAGCGCGCGGAAUUGUUCAGGAAGGGGAAUAGUUGUGAAUACUUUUUACACGUUUUAUUGUCUUGCCACCUGUUUAAACAUUAUUUUAUCAUAUAACGUAAGGUAACGGCACCAUGUGGAACCAAGGUGGAUCAUACGGUGAAUCAAACAUGGGUGGUGGAUACACUCAGUCUCCGGGAGGAUUCGCAUCACCUGCUGCCUCCCAGGGAGGAGAGAAGAAAGGGAGACAACGUGCCCAACAUAUUGUCCCCUGCACAGUGUCCCAGCUCAUGUCUGCUGCCCAAGCAGAGGAUGUCUUCAGAGUGGGAGAGAUAGAGGUUGCCCAGGUUACCAUUGUGGGCAUCAUCAGAACCACUGACAAAUCCAUGACCAACAUCCAGUACAAAGUCGAUGACAUGACAGGGGCCCCUAUGGACGUGAAGCAGUGGGUAGAUACGGAGGAUCCCAGUGUGGACAGCACUGUCAUCCCCCCAGGCACUUACGUCAAGGUCUCUGGCAAUUUGCGCUCCUUCCAGGUGACGUCAUCAUCCCCACACAACUACAUACCUUUAUCUAACCACAGGUCCAUGGUAGCAUUCAGCGUCCGGCCCCUUGACGACAUGAACGAGAUCACCUCCCACAUGCUGGAGGUGGUGCAGGCACACGUGCUGCUCAGCAAACCACAGACGAUUAUGAUGGGCGGAGGAGGGGGAAUGAACACUAGCAUGGUGCCCUUGUCGCGGCCGGGAGUGGGUGGCAACAUGGGAGGUGGAUACUCGGGUGCCAACGACAUGUCCGCUAACGGCCUGAGCCCAAGCCAGAACCAGGUGCUGAGCUUGAUAAGGAGCUGUCCAGACGCGCAGGGUAUCAGCACACAGGACUUGAAGCAGAGACUCAGCGGCAUGAGCUUGGCUGUCAUCAAGCAUGCAGUGGAGUUCCUCAGCAACGAAGGACACAUCUUCUCCACCAUCGACGAGGAUCAUUUCAAGUCUACAGACAAUGACGACUAAAGCAUCUCUCCAUUCCCUGUUAGCGCUAAGAACAUGAUCAUAGUCUUGGGUCCAUUCUCAACACACUGUGGGCUAUGAGCGGACGAUUGUAUUUAAGAAUAACACCCAAAGUCCUCUUAGAAUUUUAAGAUCUCAACACUGAAAAUAGAACCUGUAGUCAUUCAUGGAAGCAUGAUUCAUACUGAGGAUCAUCAUGGGAUGUCUAUAUAAUCCUGAGGGUUUCUGCGAAAUUAGGCCUUGGUUUGACUGACAUGGUGGCCAGUGUUCACAUAUCCUGUUUCAACUUCCGUUAAUGAUAUUACAGUAAGAGUGGGCGCAUCAUAGGCCAAUGGUUUUUCUCACAAUGAAUGCAAUCUGUGACUACCAGUUCCUCAAUCAUUGGUCUUGGUAGUUGUUGUUUAAAAAUAGUGAACAGAAUGCAAAACUUUGCCAUUCAGAUUCUUAUGUCUCUAUGUUUUGUUUUUGUCUCUAGUAAACAUAUAUUUUCAGAAAAA